UUGGCCCUGUUUGUUGGCCAAUAACCAUACUCAUACAGAACAGAACGGAACAGAACACGACGACGAGGCGACCGAAGCGAAGCGAGGCGAACGAGACGAACUGCAACUGCAACUGAAACUAAAAGAACGUAACGUAACGUACCGAGGCGAGCUAAUUGCCAAAUGGCCACGUAGUGCGCGAAACGUAACGUGAACGUGAACGUAAACGUAACGAACACCUAUACCAACACACAAACACUCACACACACACACUCUUACACAUGUACAUGCCCACUCUCAGUUGAGAGUCGUAAUUGUCGCGGUUUCUCGUUUAUCGCUUGGCCAUUUUUUUGUAUCGCUAUGUAAAGCGAGUCGCGUUCAACGAUUGACGAUUAACGAUCAACGGGUAACGAUCAGCGAGUAGCGAGCAACGAUCAGCGAUCCGCGCACAAAAUGGCGUCGGCGCAGGCGGAAACGGAUGUGGUAGUGGCGCCCGAGCAGGCACAAGUGACGCAAAGGCAGCGCAGCGGUGGCACAGGCAAAGGAGCCAGUUCCGGGACAGGAUCGCCGAAGAGUAAUCGCAGUUCGCCGGGCCAGGAGGAGAAGAACAUCAAGACGGAGGAUCGCACUUCCCCAGGAGCAGGAGGAACCUCUAAGGACGAUGAAAAGGACUCGACAGGCGGCGGCCUGGGAGGAUCCUCACCCGUGAGCUCGCCCCAGGGUCGGAGCUCCUCGGUCGCCUCGCCCAGCUCCAGUUCGCAACAGUUCUGCCUGCGCUGGAACAACUACCAGUCCAACCUGACCACCAUCUUCGAUCAGCUACUGCAGAACGAGUGCUUCGUGGACGUGACCCUGGCCUGCGACGGUCGCUCCAUGAAGGCCCACAAAAUGGUGCUCUCCGCCUGCUCUCCCUACUUCCAAACCCUGCUGGCGGAGACGCCCUGCCAGCACCCCAUCGUGAUCAUGCGCGACGUCAACUGGUCGGAUCUCAAAGCAAUUGUGGAGUUUAUGUACCGCGGCGAGAUCAAUGUGAGCCAGGAUCAGAUAGGACCUCUGCUCAGGAUAGCCGAGAUGCUGAAGGUGCGCGGCCUGGCGGAUGUGACUCACAUGGAGGCGGCCACGGCCGCUGCAGCGGCAGCCUCGGAACGCAUUUCCUCGCCCAAAGAAAGUGGUGCGUCCACCGGAGGUGGAGGCCAGUCCAGGACCGAAACCGAGAGGGAUACCGAGGAGCUGCUGGCCUUUAUGCAGCCAGAGAAGAAGUCACGCACGGACUGGGAUCCCGCAGAGCUGCGACUAUCGCCCUUGGAACGGCAGCAGAGCAGGAAUGUAAGGAAACGACGUUGGCCCUCGGCAGACACCAUCUUUAAUGCCCCAGCACCACCGAGUCCACUGAGCAGCCUGAUAGCCGCCGAGCGGAUGGAGCUGGAGCAAAAGGAGCGCGAGCGGCAACGGGACUGCUCACUGAUGACGCCGCCACCCAAGCCGCCGCCGAUGAGCGGCAGCAGCGGAUCGGGCUCCCGCCGUCUCGAGUCAGCCAUCCAUGCUCUGGACAUGCCCUCGCCGGCAGCCACGCCAGGACCGCUGUCGCGAUCCUCGCGUCCCCACUCGCAGAGUCCCCAGCAGCAGUCCGGUCAGCAUUCCCUACCAUUGCCCCUGCCGCUGCUUCCGCAUCAUCAUGCGCCGCCACCUGCCCCACAUCCCGCCCAGAGUUCGGCCAGUGGCCACCACCCGCCUUCACCUGCGGGCGAUUCCCGCUUUCCUUUGGGUCCCUCCGCGGCCGCCAUGGCCGCUGCUAUGGAGUUGAGUGGCCUUGGAGGUGGCCCACCUGCCGAGCCACGUCUUCCGCCUCCACCGCCGCACCAUCAUGGCGGCGGCGGAGUGGGCGUUGGAGUGGGAGGAUCAGGGGUGGCGGGUUCCGGCGGAGGAUCGUCGCUGGCCGAUGACAUGGAAAUCAAGCCGGGUAUCGCCGAAAUGAUCCGAGAGGAAGAAAGGGCCAAAAUGAUGGAGAACUCGCAUGCCUGGAUGGGAGCCACCGGAUCAACGCUGGCAGCAGACAGCUACCAGUACCAGCUGCAGUCCAUGUGGCAAAAGUGCUGGAACACCAACCAGAACCUGAUGCAUCACAUGCGCUUUCGCGAGCGAGGGCCCUUGAAGUCCUGGCGCCCCGAGACCAUGGCGGAGGCCAUCUUCAGUGUGCUGAAGGAGGGCUUGUCCCUGUCGCAAGCUGCCCGCAAAUACGACAUCCCGUAUCCCACCUUCGUGCUGUAUGCCAAUCGUGUGCAUAAUAUGCUGGGACCCUCCAUUGACGGUGGACCGGAUCUGCGGCCCAAGGGUCGCGGGAGACCGCAGAGGAUCCUGCUGGGAAUCUGGCCCGAUGAGCACAUCAAGGGCGUUAUCAAGACGGUGGUUUUUCGCGAUGCCAAGGACAUAAAAGACGAUAGUUUGGGCGCUCACAUGCCGCCCUACGGUCGCCACUCGCCCGCGUUUCCCUUGCAGGACCUCCCACUGAGCUAUCCGGGCGCUAGUGGCGCCCUCGCCGGGACUCCGAGCUCGCUGGCCUGUCCUAAUGGCAGCGGUCCCCAGUCGGGCGUCGGCGGGGAACAGCACAUGUCACAGGAAACGGCCGCCGCGGUGGCCGCCGUGGCCCACAACAUCCGGCAGCAGAUGCAGAUGGCAGCGGCCGUGCAGCAUCAGCACGGGGAGGCGGGGCCGCCGCCCGUUCCGCCGGGUUUGUUCAACCUGCCGCCCCAUCCAGGCGUGGGCGUUGGUUCGGUUUCGGUACCCGGAGCGGGCGGAGGCAGGGCCAGCAUAUCGCCGGCUCUAAGCAGUGGCUCCGGGCCCAGGCAUGCGCCCUCGCCCUGCGGUCCCGCCGGCCUCCUGCCGAAUCUGCCGCCCAGCAUGGCCGUCGCUCUGCACCAUCACCAGCAGCAUCAACAACAGCAGGCGGCGGCGGCAGUGCAUCAUCAGCAGCACCAGCAGCAGCAGGCCCACCAUCAUCUGCAGCAGCUUCACCUGCAACAGCAGCAGCAGCAGGCGGCGCACCUGCAUCACCACCAGCAGCAACAGCAGCAGCAACAACAGCACCACCACCAGGUGCCCCACAAGUCCGGUUUCGGUGCCAGUUCCAGUUCCUCCGCUUCCUCCUCCUCUUUGGUGGGUCAGCAUUCAGCCAAGGCCAAGGGCAGUCCGCUGCGCAGUGAAACGCCGCGGCUGCACUCGCCGCUCGGCGAUCUCGGCCUGGACAUGGCCUAUAAAAGGGACUUUUCGCCCAGUCGUCUCUUUGCCGAGGAUCUGGCUGAGCUAGUCGGUGCCAGCGUCUCAUCCUCUUCCUCCUCGGCGGCAGCGGGAGCUGGAAGUGUGGCUGCCCAGCAGGAGAGAUCGGGCGGAGGAUCGUCGGCAGCAGCGGGAGCAGAUGCACCCAGCUCCUCGAGCAGUGGCGGCAUCAAGGUGGAGCCCAUUACCACCACUAGCGAGUAAAACAGGAAAGAAAGAUGAAAUGAGGAGGAAAAUGAAAAGUAAAAAAGGGGAUAAGUAAAGGAAAUGAAAAGUAUGAUUAGUAAGAGGGGAGAACGAAGCCAACUGAAUUCUGAAGUCCAUCAGAAGCUGCUCCAGCAGCUAAAACGCGGGGAACGUACUCUGAUACCUUGGUUAAUUAGUAAGGAUAUUGAAAUUAAACUAAUUUUAAUUUUUAUAUAUAUUUUUAAAGGUUUUUUUAUGCCUUAUUUAUUUUUAUUUGCACUGCAAAAUAUUUUAAAAAAGGUUUCAAGAUCAUCUUAGGGAAUGCCAAAGAAAUUCUCUAGAGUUUAAAAUAAAUUGAAAAUAUUUUUGAAAGUUUUAUUAAAAUUCAAUCAUCUCGAAUAUAGGAUACAUUUAGGGACUUUUUCAAAUGAUUUUAAAAGCUCAAAAUGUUUUAUGGCACUUUUGCUUACCUUACUUUUGAUUUUUUUAAUAAAACAAGUUAACUUUCAUAUCAUUUUUGAUUAUAUUCAGUUAUUAAUUCUUUAAAAUCUAACCAGAAUAUUCUAAAUUUUAUUAACUGAUAAAAUCCUGUUAAAUAUAAUCGUAUCAUAAAUAAUAUAUAAGCUGUAAUUCACCAUUUUUAUAACUCUCCCUCUUCAUUUACUUUUAAAAUCAUGUAAAUAUUAACCAAAUGUUAAAAAUUAGACACAUUUAAACAGGUUUCUUAAACAAUUAUGUACUCUUUCAGCAUUUUUGUUGAUAAAAUUAUUUAUCUAUUUAUCACUAAUCCGAAAUUAACCAAGGUAUAGGGAAUCCUUGGAGCCGCGCUUUCCUCUAGUUUCCUCCAUGCGAUCUUCGCCACACCUAGUUUCUAUUCCUAGCGUACUUAUUGAAUCAAAAUUGAAAGUAUUAUUAUGUUAUAGUCCAGCAGUCUAACUAAAUAAAUAGCGAUCGAUCUCUUUAGUUAGUAAGCAAACCAACGGCAGCGGAAGCGGAAGGAGGAGACCCGGAACAUUCCACAGAACAGAGCAGAUAAUGAAGCCCCAGUCCCCCCAGAGAAAAAAAAACCAGCAGCAUAAUUAAUUAAUUAAUUAAUUAAUUAAAUGUAAACGAAAUCAAAAGAGUUUAAGCGGAUUUAACUUGGUAAUUGUGUGCCCGACCCUUGUUUAGUCGUAUUAUUAUUACUAUAAUUUACCAGAAGCGAGAGGGAAAAUGUACAAAAUUAUUAACAAGAAUGAUGAUGGCAAAAUGGAAUCAACUAAAUUUAAUGUUUAGGCUUAACAACAAAAACUAAAAACAACAAAAAAAAAACAAAACCAAAUUAAAAAUGAAAAUUCACAAAAAAUGCCUUUCGGAAUUAAAUUCAGCGAUGAAAAAAACGCAAAACAAAAUUAUGUAAAAAAGAAAACAAGAAACAAGUGAACUUUUUGUAAACGUAUUUAUAUACAAGCGAAAUUUUUAGACAAAAUUUAGAAGCGAAAUUUUUAAAGUACAACGAACACUGCUGCGCAAUCCAUCGUCCAUGGACUUGAGGCACUUGAUUUGAGAUUAUUGGACUCCCGAUUCCCGCCCUAACCACUAGAUCCCCCUUCUAAAGUGCCUUUUCUAGCCUUAAUUUGGACUCUGCUCCACUUCUGUCCCGCGUCCGGCUGAGAGGAUGCGCAGCAGGAUUCGUUGGAGGGACAUAAUGCAAGUAUGUUUUGUUGACACCUUUAGGCAAAGACUUUCGGCAACGUUUUUAGGUUUUUGGCAAGCGCACACAAUUGAUGAUUAAUCGGAGACACAAGAGUUAAUUACGAUAACACACAACUAUUUUUGCAUACGCAAGAACUCAUCAUCUACAAUAGCCAUAGCCCGUAUAUAAGUAUCUAUGUAAUCCCCCAUUCCCCACCCCCCCUCAAAUAGACUUUGAUGUUCCACAAGAAACUUAACGAAUUACUUUUCGGAUGUAGGAUGUAACAUAAACAAUGGCGGAGCUAGCAGUUAAUAAAUCUCCUGGAUAUGUGUAUCUUUGUACGAUCUGUCCACAACUCGAACAUUUUCUGUCAACUUUAGUGCAAAACUUUAUGUUCAAAUUAACUUUAAAUGUCGAAAUGA